UGUUUGCCUGUCGUCUUUUGUGGUAUUGCGAGAAAAGCCGAUGUUUCUUCGGAAACUGGUUUUACAGGAGCGGAGUGUUUUUCCUGCUGCACCGCUGAAGUGCUCCGCUCUCAGUGUGCGGUGCGUUCACUGACCUGCGGUGCGGUCCGGGCCCGGGAUGGAGGGGGGGCUCGGCGGGGACGAGGCUCGGCUCAGGCUGCUGUUUGACGGCUGUGGCGGGACGUCUUCGGGCUUCCUGGACGGAGACGGACUGGCUGAACUGUGCAGGCGGCUGCAGCUGGAGGGACACACACACACGCUGCAGGAGACGCUGCUGCACACACACAACUACGGCCAAGUCAGCUUCCAGGACUUCCACCGGGCUCUGCUGGACGUCCUGUCUCCUGCGGUGGACGUCCUGUCUCCUGCGGUGGACGUCCUGUCUCCUGCUGUUGACGUCCUGUCUCCUGCGGUGGACAUCCUGUCUCCUGCUGUUGACGUCCUGUCUCCUGCGGUGGACAUCCUGUCUCCUGCGCUGGACGUCCUGUCUCCUGCUGUUGACGUCUUGUCUCCUGCGGUGGACGUCCUGUCUCCUGCACUGGACGUCCUGUCUCCUGCGCUGGACGUCCUGUCUCCUGCGGUGGACGUCCUGUCUCCUGUGCUGGACGUCCUGUCUCCUGCGGUGGACAUCCUGUCUCCUGCGGUGGACGUCCUGUCUCCUGCGCUGGACUCCAGCUCAGAGGACGACACCAGCUACCUGGACCCAGUGAUCCCUGAGGUGGAGCAGCCGAAGCUGGUGGUGGGGCUGAAGCGUUACGGCCGCCGCUCUCGUCCUGAAGCCUUUCUGACUGCCGGGUGGAGUCCUGAGGUCAGAAGGUCGUCCUCUCUGGACAGCGUGGAGAGCCUGAAGUCUGAGGAGGACAAGAGACGGAGGAGCUGCUGCCCGUCUGCAGGUGGAGUUCAGCCAAUCAGCAUCCAGGACUGCCAGUCUGACUCCACCCUCUUCUCAUGCUCCACCCCUGUGAAAUCAGCUGACCUGCAGAUGGCGUCUCACAUGGCCGUGGCGGUGUUGGGGGCGGAGCCUGGACGGACGGCGUCCCCCUCGUUGCUGACGGCGGCGGCGGGACAGACGGUCCUGAGCCGCCUGGACGAUGGAUCCGGGUUCACCAGUCCAGACCGGGUGGAGGGUCUGUGGAGGGAGGAGGGGCUCCGGAACGGCCGGGAGGUCCUGCAGACCCUGGACUUCCCCGUGGACGAGCGUCUCAGCCUGGCAGACCUGACCCUGGCCCUGGACAACGAGCUGCUGGUCAGCGGGAACGGGAUCCACCAGGCGGCGCUGCUGUCCUACAAGGACGAGGUCCAGCAUCUGCAGGACAUGUUGGACGCCGCCCGCCGGCAGAGGGACAGGCUGAGGACGGACCUGGACCGGUCCGACCUCCGGAACCUGCAGCUGGUCCGGGAGGCGGAGGACCGGCAGGCCGGCCUGGAGACCCGGACCCGGACCCGGAUCAGGGCCCUGGAGCGGGACUGCCGGGACCGGGUCUGGGCGGCCCGCCUGCAGGCGGAGCAGGAGAGCGAGGCGCUGCUGGAGCAGGCGCGGCGGGACAGCGAGGCGCUGCUGGAGGAGCUGGCGCCGCUGCGGCGGCGGGAGGCGGAGCUAAAGGAGGAGCUGAGCGCCGCCGCCAGGGAGAACCAGGGUCUCCAUCAGCAGCUGGACUCUCUGAAGCUGCAGCUCGGCGCCUCCAGCAGGUCAGCAGAGGAGCUGCGAGGAGAGCUGCAGCUGCUGCUGCUGCACCAGUUUGGGGGGACGGACGCUGCUGGAGAGGACCGGUUGUCUGAGACCAUCAGAGACUACGAGCUGCAGUGCAGGGAGCUGCGGGACAGAAACGACGAGCUGAGUGCAGAGCUGGAGCUGCUGCAGGGACGGAGGACACACACCGGGACACACACCACCCAGGCCCACUCUGAUGACUCAGACAUGAAGCGCAGCUCCUCUCCUCCAGACGCCAAGAAACUGAAGCCAGUCAGCCCAGACAGAGUGCCGGCCGGGGUGAGCAUCCAGACGGAGCUGGCUCUGGAGCAGCUGAAACAGAAACAUGAGGAGGAGCUGCAGCAGCUCCACGUGCAGCUGGAGACGCAGGUGAACUACUACGAGCGCCGCCUGGAGCUGAUGAGGCAGAGCAUGGAGGUGGAGCGGAAAGACAUUUCCCAGGCCUUCAAGCUGGAGAUCAGCGAGCUGGAGGAGCAGAAGCAGCGGGUGGAGCAGCAGGUGGAGCAGCUGAGAGACACGGUGGACAGACUGUCCAAUCAGCUGCCGUCUGGAGGACGAGGGUGGAGCGGAGAGCAGGAGCGCCGCAUGCAGCGGGAGCAGGCGGAGGUGGAGCAGAACUUCGCCACGGAGAUCAGGAACCUGGUGGAGCAGCUCCGGAUGGAGAAGGAGCAGCUGGAGGCGGAGCUAAAGCUGACCAAUGACCAGGAGCUGCAGCGGCUCCGGGCUCAGCUGGAGGUCUCUCGCUCAGAGUCGUCCUCGCUGCAGGAGCGUCUGCACCUCCUCCAGCAGGAGGUUCAGACUCUGGAGGAGGAGGCGGAGAAGAGAAGGAGGAAGCUCCAGGAGAGCGAGAGGGAGCAGCAGAGGAGCAGGGAGGAGCAGGAGAGGCUGCAGCGGGAGAACUCCAGGUUCCAUGAGGAGGUUCUGCAGCUGAGCAGCAGGAACCUGCAGCUGAGUGAGGAGAACGCCGCUCUGACGUCCCGCCUGCACGGAGAGCAGGAGUCGGUCCGGACGCUGCGGGAGCGUCGGGAGGAGGAGGGGCUGACGGUGAGCCAAUCAGAGGGCGGCGCGGGGCUGCGGGGCGCGGCGAUGCUCAGGAGCUGCUGCGUGUUGCAGGUGCGGCGGCUGCAGGACGCCAAAACGCUGCUGGAGGAGGAACUGAGCGGCUGCAAGCGGCAGCUCAUUGGGCAGCGCGACUUGGAGGCGGAGCUCCGAGGAGCCGAAGAAGACAAACGUAAACUGCUGAGAGACGCUGAAGACGCUAAAACCAAGGUGGAGAUGCUUCAGCGCUCUCUGGUCUCCAUGGAGACGCAGGUGGAGCAUCUGCUCUUCCAAGUGAAUGAGGACAAGCUAGGCCACGCCCACCAAGUGUCCCAGCUGCAGCUCCAGCUCCAGCAGGCUCAGGACAAGGUGGAGCAGCUGGAGUCGAGCCUCAAGACAGUGAUGGAGGAGAAGGAGCAGCAGGAAGCUCAGAACCUGGGAGCCAAAGACCAGGUUCUCAAACUGAAAGAGGAACAGCAGAGUGUGAGGAGCAGACUGAAGCUGGAGGAGGAGGCUCACAUGCUGGCCCAGGACCAGGCCCUGCGAGCCACCGCCGCCCUCAGCCAGCUGCAGGAGCAGCUGCAGCGAGCGCAGGAGGCGCAGCGGCAGGAGGCGCAGCAGCAGGAGGCGCAGCAGCAGGAGGCGCAGCGGGAGGAGGCGCAGCGGCAGGAGGCGCAGCGGCAGGAGGCGCAGCAGCGGGAGGCGCAGCGGGAGGAGGCACAGCGGGAGGCGGCGCAGCUGCUGCAGGUGCAGUUGGAGGAGGAGCAAAGGCGGAGUCAGAAGUUGGAGGAGGUGCUGAAGCUGAGGAGUGAACAGCAGCAGGGACAGUACGAGAAGACGCUGUCGGUCCUGCAGCGGCACAGCGAGGAGCUGCAGCUGCAGCUGAAGGCCGUCCAGCUGCUGCUGCAGGAGAAGGCGGAGCAGCUGAAGGAAGAGCUGCUGAGGAGCAGGACCUGCAGCUCCCGCCUGAAGGAGGCGUAUGUGGAGAACGUCCAGCUGAUGGCGGCGUUGAGCGUCACCGAGCGGCGCCAGAAGGAGGCGGAGAAGAAGAGCCGGGGUCUGGAGGACCAGCUGGAGGCCCUGAAGCAGCUGCUGACGGAGGUCGUCUCCGUCGCCCUCGCCACAUGACCGCGGCCGCCGGCGUUGUGGGCGGAGCCCGAUCAGUGUUCUUAUGGGAGUUUUAAUUCCUGUCGUGAAUAAAGUUUUCUUUUUCUCCAUCAGA